AUGUUGAGAACCACUACUCUAAGGUGUUCUUCGAAGCUUUUGAAAAGAUCAAUUGCGACUCAGGCUGCGCCAAAGGCGGAAGUGACCGAAUUGUCUAACGGUAUUAUCGUUGCUACGAAACAUAAUGGCCAAUCUUUGACGAAUUCCGUUGGGUUUGUGUUUGGGUCGGGUUCUACCGCAGAGAAUCCAUACAACAACGGUGUGUCUAACCUUUGGUCCAACCUUUUCACUGAGAAAGGGAACGCUGGCGAGGCUGCCAGGAAGGGAUUUUCUUUGGAGAGCAAAGUUGGUAGGGAAUACCAAUCUUAUCUCGUGAACUCUAAGCCCGGUCAGGUUUCUAAGGCUUUGGAGUUUCUACAGUCGAAAUUUUCGUCGUCUUUGAACGAGUCCGUCUUUGAAAAUACCAAGAGAUCGGUAUUGGAUCAAGUCGAAAAGUUCGAGACAAACAAUCAUGCGGGCCGUGCUUUGGAACAUCUACAUUCUACUGCUUUCCAGAACACUCCCUUGUCUCUACCAACUAGAGGCACCGUCGAGUCGAUCGAGACUUUGAUCCCUUCCGACUUGGAGUCGUUUGCGUCGAACCACUUCUUGGCUUCCAACACUGUGGUGGUGGGUGCCGGUAACGUUUCGCACGAGGAGUUGGUGAAGGCUGUUGAGUCGCAGGUUUCUUUGAAGUCUGGCACAAAGCCAGCUGCAAAGAAGGCCUCCUCUUUCCUGGGUUCAGAGGUCAGGUUGAGAGACGACACCCUGUCGAAGGCCUACAUCGCGAUCGCUGCGGAGGGUGAAAAAGUUACCUCCCCAGACUACUUCACUUCUCUCUUGGCAGCUCAGGUGUUCGGCUCUUACAACGCUGCCGAACCUUCUUCAAGACUACAAGGUGUUAAGCUGUUGGAUAUCAUCCAGGAAUACCAAAUCUGUGACACCUUUGACCACUUCUCGCUAGGUUACCAGGACUCCGGUCUAUGGGGGUUCACUACCACCACCAGCGCUAUCGGCUCCAUCGAUGACCUUGUCCAUUUCACUUUGAAACAGUGGAACAGAUUGACCACCUCUGUCACGGAGACUGAGGUCGCGCGUGCCAAGGCUUUGCUAAAAUUGAAAUUGGCCUCGCUAGCUACCGAUAACGCCACUGUCGCCACCAACUUGGGUGCCAGCGCCCUAGUGAACAAGGCAAAGACCGACUUGACCGAAGCUUACUCCAAGAUCGAUUCCUUGACCGCCAAGGACGUCAAACAAUGGGCUGGUAACAGAUUGUGGGAUCAAGACAUCGCCAUCGCCGGUGUGGGCCGUAUCGAAGGCUUGUUGGACUACAUGAGAAUUAGAGCAGAUAUGUCUAUGAUGAGAUGGUGA